AUGACCACCACUAUGAGCUCUACGUCCACUGCGAGCGAUCCUACCACAGGCACUCUCGCAAAACAACUCAACAAAUCUCUCCAGCUGCAAUCGCCUUCUUCAGCGGACGACAAAGGGCCAUCAGAAGACAUGUCCUGUGAAGUCUUCACCGGCGUAUUCGAAGAGGGUCCCGCCUCUACCCCAGCCCUUUUCGUCGACCUAAAGGGAAGGGCACCGCCAGGCUCCGCUGAUUACUGGCGAUUUCAUCUUGUACAAACAAGUCUUUACGCGCGGCUACAGGGUGCGGCUUCCGGCCCCCAUUCCCAGUCCCCUAGAGGAUAUGUCCCUCAUUCUCAGCUGCACGCCUUCACGCAUAUCGCCCGCACAACCCACCCAGAACCAGAGGAUGAUACGUUCGCAAAAUUUCGACAAUGGGUUGAUAGUCUCCUCCGUAAGGCCGCCAAUACCAACCCACCGGCGUUCGUGCCGUACAACCAGUGAAUGGAUGGCACAUAGGAGGUAGCUAAGCAUGGGAGGUGGCGGGAUUGGAUGGUGGUGAUGAGAGGAUUCUUUGCGGCUUGUCUUGCGUGCUAAUUGACUUGGGAUUCAUGCAAUAGAAGGUUAAUACUCUAGAGAGCUAGUUAUCCCAGAACAUCGUCC